UGAGAGCAACCUAAAUACUGUUGGGAAAAUCAGAUCACUUUUGUACCAGGCAGUCUAGAUUUUGGUGCCAGCUAUUUACAGACUAAGUUUUCAGAAAACCAGCUACACAGUAGUUAGAGAUGUUGAGACCUGAGAAGAGUGAUAGCAUUUUCUGAAGUAGAAAGGGAGACUGUUGGUUUCCUAGUGCUACUACAAAUUUAGUGGCUUAAAAACACCAGUUUAUUAUCCUGCAUUCAUGGCAGUCAGAACUCUGAAAUGGGUGUCUCUGGUCUAAAAUUAGAUGUUGGCAGGGCUGCAUUUCUUCUAGAGCCUCUAAGGGAGAAUCUGUUCUUUGUGUUGUUAGAAGCUACCUGUGUUCCUUAGCUUAUGGCAGCUUUCCUCCAUCUUCAGAGCCAGUGAAGUCACAGCAGACCUGUCAAGUCCUCACAUCAAAUCACUGGCUUUCUCGAAUCACUGGCUUUCUCGUCCAGUACCCUCUUCCACUUUUAAGGACCUUUGUGCUGUCAUUUGGCCUACCUGAUAAUCCAGGAUAAUCUCUAUAUUUUAAGGAUUGGUCUUUUGAAAUACUUCAGCCAUGACUAAAAGAGAAGCAGAGGAGCUGAUAGAAAUUGAGAUCGAUGGAACAGAGAAACCAGAGUGCACAGAAGAAAGCAUUGUAGAACAAACCUACGCCCCAGCUGAAUGUGUAAGCCAGGCCAUAGACAUCAAUGAACCAAUAGGCAAUUUAAAGAAACUACUAGAACCAAGACUACAGUGUUCUUUGGAUGCUCAUGAAAUUUGCCUGCAAGAUAUCCAGCUGGAUCCAGAAAGAAGUUUAUUUGACCAAGGAGUAAAGACAGAUGGAACUGUACAGCUUAGUGUACAGGUAAUUUCCUACCAAGGAAUUGAGCCAAAGCUAAACAUCCUUGAAAUUGUUAAACCUGCGGACACUGUUGAAGUAGUUAUUGAUCCAGAUGCCCACCAUGCUGAAUCAGAAGCACAUCUUGUUGAGGAAGCUCAAGUCAUAACUCUUGAUGGCACAAAACACAUCACAACCAUUUCAGAUGAAACCUCAGAACAAGUGACAAGAUGGGCUGCUGCACUAGAAGGUUAUAGGAAAGAACAAGAACGCCUUGGGAUACCCUAUGAUCCCAUACAGUGGUCCACAGACCAAGUCCUGCAUUGGGUCGUUUGGGUAAUGAAGGAAUUCAGCAUGACCGAUAUAGACCUCACCACACUCAACAUUUCUGGAAGAGAAUUAUGUAGUCUCAACCAGGAAGAUUUUUUUCAGCGGGUCCCUCGAGGAGAAAUUCUCUGGAGUCAUCUGGAGCUUCUUCGAAAAUAUGUAUUGGCAAGCCAAGAACAACAGAUGAAUGAAAUAGUUACAAUUGAUCAACCUGUUCAAAUUAUUCCAGCAUCAGUACAGUCUGCUACACCAAGUACUAUUAAAGUUAUAAAUAGUAGUACAAAGGCAGCUAAAGUACAAAGAGCUCCAAGGAUCUCAGGAGAAGAUAGAAGCUCACCUGGGAAUAGGACAGGAAACAAUGGCCAAAUCCAACUAUGGCAGUUUUUGCUAGAACUUCUUACCGACAAGGAUGCUCGAGACUGUAUUUCCUGGGUUGGUGAUGAAGGCGAGUUUAAGCUAAAUCAGCCUGAACUGGUUGCACAAAAAUGGGGACAACGUAAAAAUAAACCUACAAUGAACUAUGAGAAACUCAGUCGUGCAUUAAGGUAUUAUUAUGAUGGGGACAUGAUUUGUAAAGUUCAAGGCAAGAGAUUUGUAUACAAGUUUGUCUGUGACUUGAAGACUCUUAUUGGAUACAGUGCAGCAGAGUUGAACCGUUUGGUCACAGAAUGUGAACAGAAGAAACUUGCAAAGAUGCAGCUCCAUGGAAUUGCCCAACCAGUCACAGCAGUAGCUCUAGCUACUGCUGCUCUGCAAACAGAAAAGGAUAAUUGAGCCCAGGACCUUCUGGGACUCCAAGGUCUUUCUUAAACAUUUAGAGCAAGUAUGGCUCUUACCUUUAUUACUGAAUUUAAAUUUUCUUUUAUUUCUAGACUGUACAAUCUGAUGCAUGAUUUUUUAUAAAUAUUUCAUACUCUUGUGAAUUUGGAUCUUUUUACUUUGAGCAUAUAUUUUAGAAUAUGUGUACGUUAAAGGAUCACCACAAUGUCUGCAGUGUGAAGGCAGGUUCAUUGUGGAAUAGUUUGUUAACAGUCAGGAAAGCUAAACUGGUCAGUAUUAAUGUCUAGCCCUACCAAAAAUAGCCAGUAGCAUCUGAAAAUGAAAAAUGAAGUAUCUCCAGGAAACAGUCUGGCAAAACUAUUUUUGAAAAUAUAACUGUUUCCCCUCUCUGCUGCUUUAGAUGUUGCUUUACAUAGAACCAGAAAAUGGGAUUUCUCAGCUAAAGCAUGUGUGCCUGUUUCAUCUAAUUAAGCAGAGCUAAAAUGUUCAUAUCUAAUAAAAUUAUAAUAUUAAUUACUAAACUAAGAGUAUCAGGUUAUUAAAGUAAUUUAUAUAUUUGCAAGCAAAGAAUGAUAAGUUGACUGGCAAAAGAGCAGUGCUGAAGAAGGAGAUCCAGGUUUAAAUCUGGCUUAACUCAAGCCAGUUUUAAGGAUAUUCUGUAUAGAUUAUCCAUAAUGUCAAACCAAGAAUUUAAAUUAUUUCGAGAGAGGCAUUUAAUUCUAAUAAACCAGCUAUUACAAAAAUUCUAAAAUGAUCUCUGUUGUUCCUGUCAGAGAUUUAAAAAACUGAAAAGGUAUACCUCAGCCAGAAAAUAAAAGUUUGGUUUGGUUUGGUAUGGCUUCCUUUUUUUUUUUUUUUUUUUUUGAAUUAACCUAUAGUGCCGGUUUAUUAUGCAAAGCAGCUUAUAUAUUAUUGUGUUUCUAAUAAAAUGAAGACUUUAAAUCAGUCAGCAGUACUUUACCUUUCAAGACAUUAAUACAUUACUUGCAAAUAGUUUUAAAAGGAAAAUUUGAUCUCUAUUAUAGGCAGUCUUCUCUUUAAAAUAAAACUUCCCAUUUUUUUCCUUUUGGAUAUUGUGUGUAUACAAUUGUGUGUAUACAAAUAUCUAUACAUAUGUCCAGUUGAUCAUUUUAUACAUAUAUACACAAAUAAAUGAAGGCAUGAAGAUAUUCAGAAGGAAAAUUAUUAAAUAACUUAUUUAAAAAAUUUAAUAAUUCUUGUAUAUGAAAUUCCUUACACAAGCUAACACAAAAUGGAAAUGGCUAUCUUUUUGUUUUGUUUUAUUUUGUCUUAUUUGUUUUAAGGUAUUAAGCACAAAUCAUGAUAUGAGAGACUGGCAAAUAACUUUUAAUCCUCUUAUGACAGAAGGUGGAAUCUCACAUUUUACUUUAUGCAUCUUCUCUGUCAUUUCCUUUACUUCCAUCCCCCAAAACAGCUUUAUAAGAGCUCAGCUAAUGCUUUUGACUAACUGGAGAAAAGGGCCAUGGUAAAACAGGCAAGGUGGCAUUGUUAGCAGUCGUUGCUACCAGUACUAAAUGGUGGUUUGGAAGGAAUCAUAGGAAGCAGGGAUCUUAGGGACAAGGAAGAGAGGAGAGAAAGGGGUCUCUGAUAUCCUUUUCUGGUAACUUUAUAUCAAAACUUUAAAAGCUGUGCUGUAAGACAACAAAAUGUACUCUCAGUUCAUUUCUAUUAUUGUAUCAAGUCCCUUUGAGAUUCUCCAGCAGAUAUAUAAGAAGAGUAUUAUUUGUACUUCCAUUUUUAUGAACAUAUAGAGAAUAUAUGAACAAAUUAUUAGUACAAUUUGGGUACUGUGAUUGCAAGAAUGUUAGAGUAGAAUAACAAUGUGAAAUAAUAUAUAGAAGCUCUAGGUAACAGCUAAACAGAAGUUUUUGCACAAUCCUUUUAUGGCCUAAGGAGUUAACAAGUCACUUACAAUUUUAAAAAAUAAUAUAACCUACUCUUCUGAUAUAUUAUCAAGAGCUUAAGAAUCUUGACUUAGAUAUAAAAUGCUUUUGGGGAGACAUGUUAAAGUUUUAGCCAAGAUGACAGACUUUAUGUUUCAGCUACAUAAUAUGUGUGUGUUUAAGGCAAGAACACAUUUCUUUUAGAUCCUUAAAAUUGAACUAUUAUUUUUCUCCUUAAAGCAUUUCCCAGGUCCUUUUUUUUUUUUUUUUUUU